GAUUUCAAAAGACUACAGACAUGACAACGGCCUGACUCAGGCACUAUGGCACAGUACCUGACACUCCUGCUAGAAUGUCCUGUUGUAAUCGCUGCCGUUUUUGUCGCUGGCAUUGGUGGGACAUUUCAAUAUGGAUUCAGUGUAUCUGUGAUGACUUCACCGUCUGCUUUUAUAAAGGAGCUGGUGAACAAAACAUGUCUGCAGAGAUAUAAUGCCUCCUUGGAGCAGUGGCAGGUUUCUCUCAUCUGGUCCUUCACUGUGUCCAUUUUCUGCAUCGGGGGGUUACUGGGGUCACUGGUGGCUGGUCCACUAAUCACAAAAUUUGGGAGAAAGCAAUGCCUUUUGUUAAACAAUUUUGUGGCAAUAAUUGCAGCUGUGUUGAUGCUCUUGAGCCAAACAGCAAUGUCCUUUGAGAUGAUCAUGGUGGGACGAUUUCUCUAUGGCAUCAAUUCAGGAGUCAGUCUCUCAGCUCACACCAUGUACGUUGUUGAAUGCGCCCCCAAGAGGCUGCGAGGGAUGUUGGGCGUGACCAUCGCUACCUUCAUCUCCUUGGGGAAGUUCUGUGGUCAGCUGCUGGGGAUCAGUGAGUUACUUGGUACACAGGAGAGGUGGCCCUGGCUGCUUGGUUUCAAUGGUUUCACUGCAUUAGUCCAACUCUCCACCCUGCCCUUCCUGCCAGAGUCUCCCAAGUUCCUUCUGCUGGACAGAGGAAACCGCCAGGCCUGCGAGAAAGCUUUAAGGAGGCUAUGGGGCAACAAGGACUUCAGCACUGAGAUUGAGGAGAUGCUGGAAGAGAAAGCUGAACUGCAGAGCGUUUGCAACCACUCGGUGAUGGAGCUGUUUCAGAGCAAAACAGUCCUCUGGCAACUCCUCACCAUCAUUGUUACCUUCACCACGCUGCAGCUCUGUGGCAUCAACGCUGUGUACUUUUAUUCUUUUGAUGUGUUUCGUGCGGCAGGAAUCCAAGAACACCAGUUACGUUACACGGCCUUGGGAACAGGCCUGUGUGAGCUGGCAACCUCUGUAGCCUGUUUUAUGAUUGUUGAGAAUACAGGCAAGAAAGUCCUGCUGCUCAGAGGAUAUGUAGGAAUGUCUGCAACCCUGAUCCUCCUCACCGUCACUCUGUACCUGCAAACUCAGGUCUCCUGGAUGCCGUACUGCAGCAUGGUCCUCAUUUUUAUUUUCAUUUUCUUUUUUGCCAGUGGACCAGCUGGAGUAACAGCUCCUCUUCCAGGGGAAUUAUUUACUCAGUCAUUCAAAUCAGCUGGAUACACAAUCGCCUGCACUCUCAACUGGACAGGGCUGUUUGUGCUGGGGAUGGUCUUUCCUAUCUUAGUGGCGAACCUCAAGUACUUUUGCUUUCUCAUAUUCCUGUUUUUUUGCACCGGCUGUGGUCUGUAUGUGAGGCUGUACUUCCCUGAGACUAAGAAUCGGACAGCGCUGGAGAUUGCUGCAGAGUUUGAGAAGAUACACAGCAAAUCGGAAAAAUUGCAGAGGAAAAACAACACUGAGCAGAAACUCAACGGGAUCAAAACAUACAUGACCAAGUUAUGAUCAUAUUCACAGAGGUCAUAAAGUGUCCAACAGCAGACAUUUAGCUUGAAGAAGUCACUUUAUAUCACACUGAGGUUACUGAAAUGGUUUAAAUGUAACUCAGGCAGAAAGAUACAACUCAUAUAACAGUUUAAUUCUAUUAUUACAGACCAUCUGAAUCAUUUUUACUGAGUCAGUCAUGUGAACAAUACAGUACUGUAAGACAACGUUAAUAAAAGUGGUUUUACUGUC